UCAGAGACGGAGAGAGAGAGAGACGGAGAGGGAGAGGGAGACGCAACAAAGAGCAGGAGGAGACAGACAAAGAGACAGAGAGAAGGAGACAGAGGGAGGGAGAGAAGAGACAGAGAUACCGAGGGAGGAGAAGAACGAUAAAGGCAAGACAGAGAGAGGAGGAAACAGGGAGACGAAGAGAAGAGCGAGAGGAAGACAAGAGAGGAGCAGAGAGAAAGAGAGGAGGGGGAAGACACAUUGAGGCAGAGGAGGAGCAGAGGAGACCCAGACACGAUGGAGGCCAGCUUCGACACGGAGGAGAGCUUCGACGACCCGUCCUAUCUGGCCCCGCAGGCCCCUGGGGCCGUGUCCCCCGCCCGGAGACAGAUCAGGGAGAUCAAGGAGACCCGGAUCACUGUCAACUGUGUGACGUUCCCACUGCCGGGGGAGGGGCCCGAGCAGCAGCUGCUGAAGCCCAACGACUGGAGCUACUGCGACUACUUCUGGGCCGACAAGAAGGACCCCCAGGGUGGCGCGUGCAUGCCAGGCUUCGAGAUCCUGCUGCAGAAGCAGCUGAAGGGCAAGCAGAUGCAGAAGGAGAUGUCCGAGUUCGUCCACGAAAGGAUAAAGAUCGAAGAGGAGUAUGCCAAGAACCUCUCCAAACUCUCCCUGAGUCCUCUGGCUGCCCAGGAGGAAGGAACCGUGGGUGAAGCCUGGAUCCAGCUGAAGAAGAGUCUCCACGACGAAGCCGAGGUGCACCUGAAGUUCUCCAACAAGCUCCACAGCGAGGUGGAGAAGCCCAUGCUGACCUUCAGGAGCGACCACUUCAAGAAGGACCUGAAGAAGUACGACCACCACAUCGCCGAUCUGAGGAAGCAGCUGGCCAGCCGCUACGCCGGGGUGGAGAAGGCCCGUAAGGCCCUGGCUGACAGGCAGAAGGACCUGGAGGUGAAGACCCAGCAGCUGGAGGUCAAGCUGAGCAACAAGACAGAGGAGGACAUCAAGAAGGCCCGAAGGAAGUCAACACAGGCUGGCGAUGACCUGAUGCGCAGCCUGGAUCUUUACAACCAGACCCAGUCCAAGUGGUUUGAGGAGAUGGUCACCACUAGUAUGGAGCUGGAGAAGCUGGAGGUUGACCGCAUCGAGUGGAUCCAACAGCACCUACGUCAGUACACGACGUUACGCCACGAGACAGACAUGUUCAACCAAAGCACGAUAGAGAACGUGGACCAGCUGCUGCAGGCGGUGGACCCAGCAAAGGACCGAGACCUGUGGGUCAAAGAGCACAAGACAGGGGACGUCCGCCCCAUCGACCUGGAUAUAUAGCUGUCACCCCCGGCAACAGGCGUUACACCCUGCAAGUCAUCCCCGCUGUUCACAGACAUUACACGGAAACAGUCGGUUACCCCCGGCAACCGUCGUUACACAGGACAACAGUCGCUUCACGCGACAGUCACCACACCUGCUGACCUUCAUCACACACUGGGGUUUGUGUAACCCUGGCAACAGUCGUUUACAAUGACCAACUGUGGUAAAACCUGGCAACAGUCGUUUACCAUGGCAACAAUCUUUAAACAUUGUAAGAACCGUCUAAAUUCCCAACCCUAUAUACCCGGUCGUUAGUCGUCUAACAUGGCAACACUCCUUUUGACAACAGUCAUUUACCCCGGCAACAGACGUUUAAAACAUUCAACAGCAACACCUCGACUGCAAGGUCACCUGUGUGACCCGGGGACAAUGACCACCUGUUACUGUAUUUCUACCACCGUGGAAAUCUACUGGAACAACCUCUAAAAUACCAGCAUGUUCUAUGGAGAUGUAACAGUAUUGUCCGCAUUAUCUUGUUGAAUGCCCCUUUAAAUGUCUUGUCUUCUGCGUGUUGUAAGUGGAAACUGUUAAGGUAAAAGAGAUUGGUGUAUUUUAAAUAGUUUUAAGUUUAGUUUAGUGAUAAGACACUUUGUGAAAACUAAACCUUCCAAUAAGACAAAUCAAACAAUAAAUUAAGACAAUGGUAUUGCAUUUAUUUUAGAUAACGAAGAUAAGAAAUAUAUUAGAACCGAAAUUAGAUAUAUAUUUAUAUUUUAAUAUUUUACCUGUUGGUUUUUUGGUGGAUAAUGCAUGUUUGCAAUCUCUCGCUGUUAUUUUAAACUGAGAAUUGGGACAUUUGUGGGCCGGCCAUGUUUCCAUUGUAACUUAGGUACAGUGAAACAGAUAUACAGCGAUUUGGAGAUAUAGCAUGGUGCACUGGAACAACAGCUCACAAACAUCUGCUAAUGUAUACUGUGUGAUAUAAGACACCUCGGGAUGCACCCUUAACUAAAUGUACCUUUUUGAGUGUUGAUGUCCAGUGGAUGGAUUUGAUGUGCACAAAAGAUGACCCAUGCUACAACAAACACCUCUUAGUGCCUGAUGGGUGUCUGCCUGGAAUGUCUUAGAUCGUCUCUCCUCUGCUGUACAUUUGUACAUACACAACCUACAUGUAUUCUACUGUCCCACCAACAGUGUCCCAGGACAGGCUAGGGUGUCCUAGGUGCUUGUAAACGGCGGCUGGUUUUGGUCUUGCUAAGUCUUGCUAGCAGCAGCCAACGGGAGGUGAUGGAGCCAUUUCAAACUGGAAUAUCUGUGUGGUGCACCUGGCAGUGGAGUCUUUGUACAGCUGCUCUGAUCCACAGCUACAGCUUACAAGCUAGGUUGGGCAUUUGGGUAUCGAACCCAGCUGAAGUGUCCCACCCCAAACCGUCAGUGUUUGAUUAUGGCUGACUGAUCCAUCCAUUCAUUCCGCGCUUACUCUGUAGGAGCUAACCAUGGAUUUCAAACAAGAUUGCAUGAACUGAACUGUGUGUGUGUGUGUGUGUACAUACAUGUUGUUUCCAUGUUUGACUUUGUUGCUACACUCUGUUGUCGUGGAAAUGUUUCCAAUACUGUGUUUAAGGCAUGGACGUAACAACCGGUGGCCCUCCUUAUGAGUUCUACUUUUCGAUGAUCACCCAACAUGAUAGAUCUCGCCUCGUAGUCCUGAUUCAUCCAAUCGAAUAAGUGACAUUCCUCAUUUGCAUGAGGAAUGUCAUGCGUAAGUUCUUCAGAUGGAUAAAACGUUGUACAAGUGUGUGUGUAUGUGUUUUGGUCAACAUCCCGUUCACUGAAUGUUGCUCUUCAGUGCCAGAAAGGACUGCUCAGGCAGAGUAAAGCGUUCUGCCUUUUGUGACCCGUGUUCAGUUUUGUGCAUCAUGUCAAACAUUUUUCAUAUUGGUAAGCAAUGUCCACAUGGUGUUCUGUGCUAAUCAGUGUCUGGAAUAAAUAUCUUCC